ACGAGAACGAACUAUGCUUAAAAUUGUUGACCCUUCGACUGGGAAGGACAUCAUGGAUGAGAUAAGAGGGGGAACACAGAGGCACACGCCCCCUCAAUCCAUAGCUUCCAGUGCCUAGGGCCACGCCUGUCAGUCCUAGUAGCACACCGUCUCCACCACAACAGAAUGAAAUUGCAGCGCAAUUUGCCGCACAGGUGGCUGCCACGCUAAACCCUGUGCCCAGACAACAACAACAACCACCACCCCCUCACUUACAGCAGUUGCCACAAAUGGGAAUGCAGAUGCCCCCUCCCCAUGCUCAGUACCCCUCUAAACCAGAGGGACCUGGGGACGGCAUGGCCACUGUCCAGAUGCCUCCAAAGGUCCCCAGCCCGGCUCAGUACCCUCGCUCGACUGUCACACCGCCUAACCCCCAAAUGAUGCCUCCCCAGACCAUAGUGCAUGCUCAGCAACCACCUCAGCAUGUGAUACAAGCCCAUACACCUCAUCAGGGCUACAAACCCCAGGCACACCCCCAGUCUGCUCCACACACCCCUGCACAGGUACCCAUGCACCCUCACCCAGCACCGCCCCAGAGCUCGGUGACCCAGGGUUCGCAGGAGCCUGUCACAGUUACUGAACCCUCCCAGCCAGGGAAUGCAACUGUAGCUGCACCAGUGCAGGAUGUACCAGGGCAGAGCCCCUCAGUCGCCCCAGAGGCUAAGGCUGAAAAAACAGAAGAGAGUGUUGUCCCUGUUCCAAGUGGGGAGAAAGUCAAGGUGUCGCAUCCUCAAGAUGUUCCUGUUGUACAAGAUGCCCCAAAAGAGACUGUGGCAGAGCCCAGCUCAACUGUUAUAGAGACAGAAAGUGAAGAGCGGAGCUCUGAUGUCAAACAAAACACAGAAUCUGCCGAGUCAAAAGACUCGGCUGAAAAAGACACUAAGACUGUUGAUGCCACAAAAGAUGUUGGUUUAGCAGCUAGUGCCAACGAAGGAGAGAAGGCCCCUCCUGUACCUAAACCCGAGGCCACACAAAGUGCUGUAGUGAGUGAAAAAUUAGAGAAAAGGACUACUCCGCCAGGGGAUAGCGUUAGCACGACUGCCCCUCCUCCCGUCACAGCAGAGGUUAAACCUGUGACAUCCCCACCCCCAGAGACGGACACUGCUGCCACCAGUCAGACUGGUUCCAGCGCUGAUGCAGGGGAGGUUAGUGUAGAAGGCAAAGUAACCUUGCCAGAGGAAACUGAAGUGACAGAGCCAGCAAAGUCUGCUGUUGCUGUUAUAUCCAGCGAGGUAACAGAGAGGAAGGAAGACCGAGAGGCUGUGUCAGAAGUGAAAGCGGUGGCCAAGGCGAAAAACAAAGUGCGGGCCAAGGAGCUCAAUGCUAAGGGAGAGACGAAGCAGGGUUCAGACAUGGACUUGUUCCUGCCUGAUGCACCAGCCAAAAAGGCUGAUGUGGAUUCUGCUGGGAGCAGUGGUGUGGAGCCCGAACCCAUCGAGGAAGCCCAGGAUAAAGAGCCUGCCACACCUGUCCACAGCUCUCCACCACCCACAAUCAUGACCUCAGAGGAGGGCAAGGAAGUGAAGAUUGAGAAGGCCGAGGUGCCUGUAGAUAACCGUGUGGUUGAGGAGAAUCAGAAAAAUGAGGUGAAGACCAAUGAGAGUAGCAAUGGUCCGACCUCAACACCAGCUUCAGCACAGGAGCUGAAGUACCAGUACAAAGAAGAUCAGUGGAGCCCACUGAAUCCAGAGGGAAAGAAGUGCUACGACCGUGCUUUCUUGUUGGAGCUCCAGUAUUCUACUGAGUCAGUGACAAAACCAGAGGGCUUGCCCCACUUGCCAGAUGUUAUCUUGGAUGAGCCUCAUUCCAAGAAGAGCAACAGGUCUUACGAUCAGUCAUACCACCAGUCCCGCACUGGAUCAUUCGAUUUCACGCCAGGAUUUGUUAAACCAUCCCCAAGGGGCGGGUCCUCGAGCAUGGGAGGAGGUGGUGGUAAAAACCGCAGUCAGCAGGGUCGUAAAGAAGUCAAGAAGAUUACCUCAGUCUCUAUACAGCAGGAUAUCAAACUCCACAAGGCCGAGAAUGCCUGGAAACCCGCCCAGUCAGUGAGCAAGGAUGACAAGAGCUCAGACAAGGCCAAAACUGAUGAUUUAUACAGAAGAGUGACAAGUAUUCUAAACAAGCUUACGCCUCAGAAGUUCUCAACGCUAUUACAACAGAUGACUGGGCUGAAAAUUGACACGGAGGAGAGGUUAAAAGGCGUGAUAGACCUUAUCUUUGAGAAGGCUGUUAGUGAACCAGGUUUCUGUGUAGCCUAUGCAAACAUGUGUAAAUAUCUUAUGCUGCUUAAAGUACCUUUGGAGGGUAAACCUGGGGAAACGGUGAAUUUCCGUAAAUUACUGCUCAACCGAUGCCAGCGGGAAUUCCAGAAGGAUAACAGGGAAGAGAUAGAGUACAAUAACAGGAUUAAAGAAAUAGAGCAAGCAGAGGAAAGUCUAAGGCCACAAAUGAUGGAGGAAUUGGAAAUCGCUAGUACAAAAGCUCGCCGACGAUCUCUAGGAAAUAUUAGGUUUAUUGGAGAGUUGUUUAAAUUGAAGAUGCUUACGGAGAAUAUUAUGCACGAGUGUGUCCUAAAGCUUUUGAAGUCGCACGAUGAAGAAAGUUUAGAAUGUCUCUGCCGUUUGCUGACCACUAUUGGAAAGGAGCUGGACACAGACAAGGCGAAGCCUCGAGUGGACCAGUAUUUCCAGCAAAUGACCAAGAUUGUGGCUCAGAGGAAGACCUCCUCCAGAGUUCGCUUCAUGUUACAGGACGUCAUCGACCUGCGACAGAAUCGUUGGGUUCCACGUCGUGAUGAGAAUAAUCCCAAGACGAUUGAUCAGAUUCACAAAGAAGUGGCGCAGGAAGCCCAGGAGAAGGCAAUUCUCAUCCAGCAGAUAUCGUCCCAGCCUAUGCACAGAGGCGGUCGUGGAGGACGAGGGGACCGCGAUAGGGGUGGCCGUCCCCAAGGUGGAGGGAACAUGGGAGAGGAUGGCUGGAGCACAGUUGGGGUGAGGGCCGCUCGGGCCACCAUAGACCCAACUAAACUCAAGCUCUCCAAACCACAACAUGUCGAUGAGAACAUUCAGCUGGGCCCAGGCACACGGUUUGCCAGUUGGGGUAGGGGAAGCAGUGCAGGAGGCACCAAGUCCCAGGAGGCGGAUAGAUCCUCCAAUCCUGGUAACAGGUUUUCUGCCCUGUCAUCAAGAGGAGAGGAUUCUCACGACCCCCGCAGUCGAGGAAGGGGGCGGGGCAUCAGCCCAGCCAGAUCGGAUAUGCGCUCCCGGAACUCCUCUAGUAGAGACCCUCCACGUUCCAAACAAGGCCCACGAUCCUCGAUGGAGAUGGAGCGACAAAGUGCCCUGGCUACGGCUAAGUCUUACUCUGCCAGUGGUCGAAACACUCCACCUUCCCGCGAGGAUAGCCGAGAAAACAGCCGUUCUCGGGAACCUCGGCGUGAAGAAAAGCCUGUUUCUGCCCCGCCUCCUGAUAUGAGUGAUGAGGAAGUGGAGAAGAAAACUAAAGCCAUCAUGGAUGAAUAUUUACAUAUACAGGACAGUAAGGAGGCUGAAAUGUGUAUAUCAGAGCUACGCUCUCCUGAAAAUAUUUACCGCUUUGUCGCUGCGGCCCUGAAUCAUGUGAUAGAAAGAUCUGACGUAGCUCGUAGACAAACCGGCAACUUACUUCAUGAUGUCGUCAAAAAGAAGUUAAUUAGUGUAGAUUGUUAUGUGAAAGGGUUAGGGAAGGUUCUAGAGUAUGCAGAGGACAUGGAGAUUGACAUCCCUAAAAUCUGGACAUAUUUGGGCGAGCUGAUAGGUCCCAUGGUCCAGGAUGGCAGUGUCCCCCUCAACUUCCUGAAGCAAGUCUGUGAUCCACUUAAACAGAGCAACAAGGCUGGUGUACUCGUCUCUGAGGUGCUGCAUGAUGCUGCUCAUCGGCUGGGCCAUUUAAAAGUCGGAGAAUUGUGGAAAGCCUCUAGCCUUGUAUGGACGGAUUUCGUUCCAGAAUCAGAUGUUAAGCAGUUUAUUAAAGAUAAGAAAUUAGAGUUUACCCUGGCGGAAGAGGCCCAACCAAGAAGUGCCUCUGUCUCCAGCGAGAAUAUCCAGUCAGAGUUAGAGAGACUUCUUCUAACCCAAAACAGUGAUAAUGAAGAGGUGUUUGAUUGGAUCGAGGGUAAUGUAGAUGAAGAGAAUGUGAAGUCCCCUCAGUUCAUCAGAUGCCUCAUGUCCCUAGUCUGUCGUAGUGCUAUCAAAGGUUCAGCGCCUGCCUGUAAGGUAGACGAGACAAUAAUCAAAAAGCGUGGAGUCCUCCUCCAGAAGUAUCUCGACCAUCAAGCAGAGCUGGAGCUACAGGCCUUGUAUGCCCUGCAGACAUUAGCCAAUAAACUGGAGUACCCACAAGGGUUGUUGCGGUCAUUUUUUGAGAUUCUCUAUGAUGAAGACAUUAUAUCUGAGGAUGCAUUCUAUCAGUGGGAAGCGAGCAAGGAUGCUGGUGAGCAGGAGGGCAAAGGCGUGGCGUUAAAACAGGUGGUGCAGUUCUUCACCUGGCUGGGCGAGACAGAAGACGAGUCACAAGAGGACAGCUGAAACGCGCCACAAUUAGGAUUAUAAUUAUCGUCACAGCUGUGGUCAGCAAGACCACGUGCAACAGAUUCGCGAAAAUUCAUUUAUUACAAGUUUUGCAACGCUAUGUACAAGGCGGCCCACUUUUCUGCACAUGCCAUCUGGAAUUUGGAGUUGCUGUAUAUUUAUGAAGCCGCGUGUGGAAUCGAGUUUAGGACCCCUGCUUCCUGGUUGUUGUUUUUGUGAAUACUUAUUACUGUUGAAUAGUACAUGUGAAUGAAGAUAUAUCUGUACGGCAAAUGGUCGUAACUUAAAUGUGAAAUUCAAAGGGGUUUUAUAUUUUGAGUUAAUUUUUUUUAUUUUUUUUUUUUUGCUCCAUUUUCAGGCAAGAGAAAAAUGCCAACUGUUUUUUUUUCUUUUUCUUUUAUUUUUUGCAUACAUACUCGUAAAAUCGUAUCUCUGACAUGGACAAACUCUGUUUGGGGAGGAGUACACUGCGUGAAGCUGGUGCUGGCCAGACCCAGCUAAAACAGGGGCGUAUGGGGCAGCCCCUGAUAUCAUCUGGUGCUAAUUCUUGAUGGCUUGGACCUUCUUAGGAAAUACGUGUGUGGAGUUGAAUAGCUCUUCAACCCAUGAUAUCUUCCUCUUUGUUAAGCAGACCACAUUGAACAUUUUUCAGCGGAGACCAGCAUAUGCAUUUUUUUUGGAUUCAAAGCUGAAAACCUUCUUUAAGCUUAGGUGAUACAAAAAAGCGGCUCAGUGGUAUAAAUAAUGCGAGAAUUUUCAAGCCGAUUUUGUGCCCAUAGUGUCAUUGUGGUUUAUAUGAUUUCCCCUCCCUAAAAUGUAAGAGGGUUAUUUUCUCUUUUCUCUCGCAGAAGUGGAGCAUAAUGUAUAUGCAACUGUUUACACUGAUUUGAAAACUGUAUAAUUAGCAAAUUUGAUUUCAGAUGUUGUAAAUUGGGUGGUAGCCUUCAUUGUGAUUGAUUAUAUAAAUAUUA